AUGCCAGGCAAAACCUCAGACAGUCCCACUGGCGACGUCUGCAGAAGGUGUAAAGAAAACGUCGCGGUUCUUGUAGUGCGCUUGGAGCCACUUUGCCAAGAGUGUUUCGCCAGAUAUGUACACACAAAGGCCAUCAAACGUCUGGAGUCCUUUCGCGUAAGCUUCCAUACCACUGAAGAGCGCAAGGUGCUGCUCCCCUUAUCUUAUGGUGUCUCAUCGACUACCCUGCUUCACAUCCUGGACCUGCAUCUCAGGACCCAAAUGAGCAAGACUGGCCGCACAGGAUUUGCCCUUAGUAUAGUCGCAAUCGGGGACGCCGAGGAGACCGUACCCAUUCGUAACCUUCUCGAUGAGGUGCGCAAUCAAUACUCGGCCUAUGAGUAUGCAGCAUUGCCACUGCACAAUGUACUCCGUAUGAUUCCCGACGAUGCCACCCUACGAGAUUUGAUUCCAGAACUAGCCAAGGAACAUAACAGCAACAAAGAGCAGCUGUCCUGUUUGGUCAACUCGCUCACCUCCGCAACAGCUCGCGCAGAUGUGUUGUCAACGUUGAGGACCAGGCUCAUCGUAGAACACGCAAAGUUGACAGGGUGCCAGAGUAUUCUCUGGGGUGACAGCACCACCACGCUCGCCGAGAAGACGCUCGCCGAAACUUGCAAAGGUAGGGGGUUUUCGUUACCGUGGCAGAUUACUGAUGGCAAAUCACCAUUUGGUAUUUACUUCCACUACCCCCUGCGCGAUAUCCUCAAGAAGGAGUUGGUGUCGUACAUGGACCUCGCCGACCCCGUACUGUCAUCACUGGUUCACGAGCCGUCUUCUGGCGCAACACAAGCAUCUACAAGUUCCAAAAAUACCACUAUCGAUGACCUCAUGAAACAGUACUUCGAGUCUGUAGAAGAGAAUUUCCCCAGUAUCGUUUCAAACGUUGUUCGUACUUCAGGGAAGCUUCAAGUGCCUGAAAGCGCAGAUUCGGACCCGCGAUGCAGCUUAUGCGACAUGCCUGUGCCGGGCAGCCGAUUUGGCAUCCAUGGCUGGGGUGGUUAUCAACAAGACAACAUCGAAACGUUUGCAGUGAGUAGUAAGAACAUAUGCUACGGCUGCACUCGAUCACUGCCUCAGUCCGUUACGAAUACGAGUAAUUGUUGA